AUGUCGGGUCUGGUAUCUGACGUCGCCUUCAACUUUGCAUUGGCCGACUCGCCUGCGUCGCUGGGUCGACCUCUUACGCCUCCUCAGGACUUCCCCAUUCACCAAAACUACUAUUUUGAUUCCUCUUUUCUCGGCAUUCCUGACCACCCAUCAUGUCAUGCCCGUUCCUCGUCCAAGGCAUCUUCUGUGUACUCGGUCGUCUCUGCCGUCGAGUCCACUGCCGACUCGGUCUGCACCAGGAUGACCACGCCCCCCAGAGCCAGCCCGCCAAUUCGCCAACAUGGCCCUCUCCUACUACCAAAGAUUCGUCCUCAGGAUCAGCAGGUCAGCAACCCUGUUGCUCCUGUUUCUCGUCUGCAGACCAUGACGCCUCCCCCCCGGCGCAAGGUCACCAAGAGGAAGAGUGCCACGCACAGUCGCAGCCAAACCAACAUUGAGGCCAUUUCCAACACGGCCCUUUCGCAUUUGGCCUUCUCCGGCCCAGUACAGGAUCAAGCCAUCAUGUGCUCUCCCAUGUCCCUCCCUCGAGAUUUGGAUUCGCGCCGCUCUUCUAUAUGCUCAACUGUGGAUGCCACCAUCGUCGACAGUUAUAGCUUCCCUCCCUACCACCCACUUGGCUUUAUGCCGGGAGACUACUCCAUGCCCCACGACUAUGGCUAUCAGUUUGCGACCAGGGCCACCUCACCCUUGAGCAUGGCGUCCACCCCCGAACCGACUGCAUCUUUGUCGCUCAUGAGCUUCCUUACGUCGCCGAGCCCAGCUGCUUCGCUUGUUCGCACCAUCUCAUAUCCCAUUCGCGACCCCAACACCAAGCACUUUUGGUGGGAUGCUCGCAACAUCCGCCAAUGGUCUUCCUUCAACAUGGCUGCCAUCACGGCCCUGCCCGGCGCAUCGGGUCUUUUGAGCACGCCUGUUCCCGCCCCUCUUCUACCCGAGCCUGCCUUUUCUUCCCGCCACCCGGAGACGGAAGCUUCCCUCCACGCCAUCUAUGCUUCGUACUACCUGCCCAAGCUCAACUCGGCCUUGGCCAUUUCUUCCAACCGGCCCCUGCAGCUCUCUGUGCCCAACCGCAUCCCCGCCAACAUGAACGAGCCGUUGUUUGUCGGCAACGUGGCCGGCGACUCCUCCACGGCUGCUGCCAUGUUUGGUGGCAAGCCUACCGCUCGCGUCGUUGGCAUUGUGCGCAGCUUUGAUCGCUUCAACACGGCCAUGCGUGUCGAGGGCAACAUCAAGCGAGUCGAGUACCUCCGCGGCCUCGCUGCCAUCCAUCACGCCAUGCGCGAGCACAGCUGCCGCUAUGGCUUCAUUCUCACCGAGAUCGAGCUGGUCCUUGUACGUAACGGCAGGGAUAUGACUCCCAACUUUGGCGAGCUGGAAGUCACUUCCAUCCCUCUCAACGCCACCGCUCCCGACUGCGACUUGUCCCAAGUCCAGCUGGAAUUGCUUCCCCUGACUGCCUGUCUCGCCCUCUGGGGCCUGUGCCAGAUGGCCAGCGACGGCAGCUGCGGCCACGCCCCCUACAGGACGGAGAUUGGCGCUCCCGUCGAGGGCACUCGUCGCAAGGCGCUCAGGCGCGACGACUGGAUGCCCCAGCCCCAGUUAGCCGAGAAGCGUGAAGCCAAGAGAGCCCGUGGCUGGACCUGGCCGGAGGAUGCUGUUGGACGUCGAGAGCUCGGCAAGCGCGGUGUCAAGUACGCUGCCAUGUGA